UGGCCCUAUCCGCUGCGACAACACAAAAGCGGACGCAACUCACUGGUGGACACUGUAUCGUGGUCUUUCCGGGUCCUUACACGUUUUGCAACUACUGCAGAGCCUGGGCCCGAGGGAGAGGCGAAAAGGACCCUCUUCUAAACGAGAGCAGAAAUGCACAAAGGCAGCUGGAAAAGCAGAAGACAUGGGAGAAGGAACCAGCGGCAGAACUCUAGGUUCAGACAGCACGUUUCUAACGAGAGGUGUAACACAGAGGCACAGCAGAGCCCACAGGAUCCUGGCCACAGCACCCAGGAGGCCCCAUCGACCUCAUCCAGCACAGCUGGGAGUUCUGUGCCAGAUCUACCAGGGUAUUACUUUGACCCUGAAAAGAAUCGCUACUUCCGCCUGCUCCCUGGACAUAACGCCUGCAACCCCCUCACGAAGGAGAGCAUCCAGCAGAAGGAAAUGGAGCGCAAAAGGCUGCAACUGCUAGAAGAAGAGGACAAGCAGAAAAAGAAACUAGCCAGGAUGGGAUUUAAUGCAUCUUCCUUACUACAAAAAAGUAAGCUGGGUUUUCUCAACACCACCAGUUAUUGCCGUUUAGCCCAUGAGCUUCGAGUGAGCUGCAUGCAGAGGAAGAAGGUCCAAAUUCACAGCUCGGAUCCCUCCGCUUUGGCGAACAACCAAUUUAACCUCAUACUGGCGGAUACCAACAGUGAGCGGCUCUUCACAGUGAAUGAUGUCAGAGUGGGAGGCUCCAAGUAUGGCAUCAUCAGCCUGCGCGAUCUGAAGACCCCCACACUCAGGGUGCAUAUGCACGAAAACCUCUACUUCACCAACCGGAAGGUGAACUCUGUGUGCUGGGCCUCGCUGAAUGACUUGGAUUCUCACGUUCUGCUGUGCCUCCUGGGAAUUGCAGAGACUCCAGGCUGUGCCACCCUGCUCCCGGCGUCACUGUUCGUCAAUAGUCAUCCAGCAGGAGACCGACCUGGCAUGCUCUGCAGUUUCCGGAUCCCCGGGGCCUGGUGUUGUGCGUGGUCCUUGAACAUCCAGGCAAAUGACUGCUUCAGUACAGGCUUGUCUCGGUGGGUCCUGGUGACCAACGUGGUGACAGGACACCGGCUGUCAUUUGGGACCAGCAGUGAUGUCUUGGCCCAGCGGUUUGCUGUCAUGAGUCCUUUGCUAUUUAAUGGCUGUCGGUCCGGGGAGAUCUUUGCCAUUGAUCUGCGUUGUCGGAAUCAGGGCAAGGGCUGGAAGGCCACCCGCCUGUUCCACGACUCGGCAGUGACGUCUGUGCAAACCCUCCAAGAAGAGCAAUGCCUGAUGGCCUCUGACAUGGCUGGAACGAUCAAGCUGUGGGACCUGAGGACCACUAAGUGUAUAAGGCAGUACGAAGGUCAUGUGAACGAGUACGCCCACCUGCCGUUGCACGUGCACGAGGAAGAAGGAAUCAUGGUGGCAGUGGGCCAGGACUGCUACACGAGAAUUUGGAGCCUCCAGGAUGCCCAGCUGCUCAGAACCAUACCUUCCCCACACCCCACCUCCAGAACCAGCAUUCCCAGUGUGGCCUUCUCCUCUCGGCUCGGAGGCUCCCAGGGAACACCCGGGCUGCUCAUGGCCGUCCAGCAGGACCUUUACUGCUUCUCCUACAGCUAAUUCUGCAGGGUGCGGCCUGGAGAGAGGUGGAUUUGACUUAAGGGAGUAAAGAGUAGUUCUGCCAUACUUGGCUGUUUCCGAUGAGGGCUUUUUAAAUGGAUGCUCUGUGUGCACAGAUCCCAUCCACCCAGCUGCUGGGGACAAGGUGCUAUGUUUUAUGUGGAGACACUUUAGUAAAGUUAUUUAAGUGAAGUUGAUGGCUCAGAGAGCUUAAAAGUCCUUUUCAUAAAAGGUAUCUAUUUCCUUUUAUUGAAUUCCUUAGACUAGUUCCUUCCCCCUUUUUAAACAAAAAAAUACUUUUUCUAAGGGCUGAAGAUCUGCAACAGCUAAGUUAACGCUUCUUUCACCAGAAGCCCUUUCUAAAGAGGCCUGACGAGACGGUGGGGGUAGUCUGUGCCUGGCUCCCAGAAAGACACGUAUUAGUACUUGAGAAAGCCCGCUGGAGAGAAGAGGAAGAGGGAAGUCAUUUCUAGAGAAAGAUUUAAGGCUGGAGUUCGGAAUCCUCACACUAGCCUUCCCCCACUAUCAGCAGCAGAUCUCUGCGAUGCUCCUGUUAAUAUCAUCCAUAGGCACUGGAAGGAAAGAUGGGUUUUCUAAGAUGCUAGAGGCUUUAAACAGGCCUUCGCAUGCCUUUGUAGAGGCACCUUCCAGAAUGUUAGGAACAGCAGCUCCUGUUUGUAGAAAUGGUGGUAACCUGAACGUCAGAUUGAAGGGUCCCGUCGCAAAGAAAAUUGGCUUUGACUUUUUAUAACCUAGGAAAAAAAGUUUGUAAGAUGUUUAUACAAAGUGUUCAAGAGCUUGUCUUUCUACCAAACAAUAAA